ACGGCUGUCGGUGAUUGACAUCUCGCUGUGUCUGCCUUUCAAGAGAAGUUUGUCGAUGCUGAGUCGGGACGUGUGGAGCGGAGUGGAGUCUGGAGAGGGUAAAUCAUACAGCUCGGAGACGCGCAGAGAGCAGUCCAGGACUCGGCUCAAGACGCUGCACUGUCGGGACGGGACUGAAGGAGUUCGGCUAGUAUCGACUGCACAACGGACGAAGAGAAAUUAAACACAUUUUAAACAGGACUGUUUCAGUCAUCGGGACCCCCGUUGUAUCUCUGCCAGACAUCAUCUCUACUGCGCUUCUGAUAACAUGGAGCGAAGGAGCCUGCCGCUGCCAGUUAUACUUGCAAUCUGUGCGCUGAUGGAAACCGGCAUUUGCAACAUAGAUAAGCAAGAAAUGCAAGUGAUCGACCUCCUAGGCCUGCAGGACUCUAAGCAGACCGCAGCCGCUGUGGAGAAAGUGUCCUCAGAGAUGGGGAGGGUCGACGAUCUCUACGUGGUGUCCAGCUUCAGACUGCCGGCCAAACUAGGAGGGGUUCUCAUGGGACUCUACUCCAGACAGGACAACAGCAAAUUCCUGGAGGUCGCCAUCAUGGGCAAGAUUAACAAAGCUCUAGUGCGCUAUGUAAGAGAAGAUGGAAAGCUCCACGCUGUCAACCUGCAGAACCCUAACCUGGCAGACGGGCAGAGCCACUCUCUGAUCCUGCGAAUUGGGGGCCUGCGUCGAGACACCCUCACCAUGGAGAUGUACGUGGACUGUCGGCUGGCAGACUCCAGCCAGGGUCUGCCCGGAUUGGUCAGGCUGCCUGUAGAGGCGGAGUCAGUGGAUAUACGAACAGGAUACAAGUCCUAUGCAAGGCUGCAGGGUGGGGUGGACAUUCUGAAGCUUGUCCUAGGGGGGACAGUGUCCAAAGUGGGGGUUCUCACUGACUGUCCAUUUCAGGGGGAUGCAUCAAUACACAACACAGUGAAUGGUGCUUUGAACUCAAUUCUGGGUGACCAGACGAAGGCUCUGAUUGGUCAGCUCAUCUUGUUUAAUCAAAUUCUGGGGGAACUCCGAGAAGAUAUCAGGGAACAGGUGAAGGAGAUGGCACUGAUCAGAAACACUAUUCUUGAGUGCCAAGUAUGCGGUUUCCACGAGUCGCGAUCCCGCUGCACCCCCAGCCCUUGUUUCCAGGGGGUCCCCUGCAUGGAGACAUACGAAUACCCCGGGUACCGCUGCGGAGCCUGUCCAGAGGGCAUGAUGGGAAAUGGAACACACUGCAAAGACAUUGACGAGUGCUCUCUUGCCCAGCCCUGCUUCCCCGGGUCUCGCUGUGUCAACAUGGCCACUGGCUUCCGCUGUGAGGCCUGUCCACCUGGGUACUGGGGACCAGAACUGAGUGGAGUGGGAGUGCAGUUUGCCAAGACACACAAGCAGGAAUGCGCGGAUAUCGACGAGUGUAACAAUGGAGCCUGCGUCCCAAACUCUGUCUGCUACAACACUGUGGGCUCGUAUAAGUGUGGUCAGUGUCUGCCUGGCUUUGUUGGCAAUCAGAUGGGGGGCUGCCUCCCGCAGAAGUCCUGCAGCAGCCUGACCUUUGACCCCUGCGAUGUGAACGCCCACUGCGUGAUGCAAAGGAACGGGGAGGCGUUGUGUGCGUGCAAUGUGGGCUAUGCAGGUAACGGACACACGUGUGGUCCUGACACUGACAUCGACGGCUAUCCUGAUGAUGCCCAGCCCUGUAUAGACAACCACAAGCACUGCCGGCAGGAUAACUGCCGCUACACACCCAACUCGGGGCAGGAGGACGCGGACAACGACGGGAUCGGGGACCAGUGCGACGAGGAUGCAGACGGGGACGGCAUCAAAAACGUUGAAGAUAACUGCCGCCUGGUUCCCAACAAGGACCAGCAGAACUCCGACACGGACUCGUUCGGAGACGCGUGUGACAACUGUCCCAACGUCCCCAACAUCGACCAGAGAGACACGGACAGCAGCGGCGAGGGGGACGCGUGUGACAACGACAUCGACGGGGACGGGAUCCCCAACGUGCUUGAUAACUGCGCCAAGGUACCGAACCCCAUGCAGACCGACCGGGAUGGGGAUGGGGUGGGAGAUGCCUGCGACAGCUGCCCCGAAAUCAGCAACCCAACCCAGACGGACGUGGACAAUGAUCUCGUGGGUGACAUGUGCGACACCAACCAGGACCUUGAUGGAGACGGACACCAGGACACGAGGGAUAACUGCCCAGAGAUUCCAAACAGCUCCCAGCUGGACUCGGAUAAUGACGGCAUCGGAGACGACUGCGACGAUGACGAUGACAACGACGGAAUUCCGGACUUCGGAACGCAGGGACCGGACAACUGUCGCCUCAUUCACAAUCCCAACCAGAAGGACACCGACGGUAAUGGUGUUGGUGAUGUCUGUGAGAAUGACUUUGACAAUGACACAGUGAUGGAUGUGUACGAUGUGUGUCCUGAAAGCGCCGAGGUUACCCUGACAGAUUUCAGAGCCUAUCAGACAGUGGUGCUGGACCCCGAGGGUGAUGCCCAGAUCGAUCCCAAUUGGGUGGUUCUCAACCAGGGAAUGGAAAUUGUUCAGACUAUGAACAGUGACCCUGGACUGGCCGUAGGGUACACUGCGUUCAACGGCGUGGAUUUCGAGGGCACCUUCCACGUGAAUACGGUGACUGACGAUGACUACGCAGGCUUCAUUUUCGGCUACCAGGACAGCUCCAGCUUCUACGUGGUGAUGUGGAAGCAGACAGAGCAGACAUACUGGCAGUCUGUACCCUUCAGAGCCGUGGCUGAGCCGGGGCUGCAGCUCAAGGCAGUGAAAUCGAAGACAGGCCCAGGAGAGUUCCUCCGAAAUGCCCUCUGGAACACGGGACACACUGCGGACGAGGUCCGCCUGCUCUGGAAAGACCCUCGAAACGUGGGCUGGCAGGACCAGACCUCCUACCGCUGGCAGCUCAGCCAUCGACCGCAAGUCGGCUACAUCCGGAUGAAGCUGUAUGAAGGCUCGGGAUUGGUUGCAGACUCUGGCGUUGUCAUAGAUACCACAAUGCGAGGGGGCCGACUCGGGGUCUUCUGUUUCUCUCAGGAAAACAUUAUCUGGUCCAACCUGCGAUAUCGCUGCAAUGACACAAUCCCUGAAGACUUUGCGCCACAGAGACAGCAGUUCCAGCAGAAUUACCAACUCUGAGAGAGGAAGUCGACACAAAACCAGAAACACAAAGACUUUCUAGUGAAACCGUCAUUGUCAUUGGAAACCAACAAAACUCCCUGCCAGGCUACACGUGUGUGUGUGUGUGUGUGUGUGUGUGUGUGUGUGUGUGUGUGUGUGUCUGCGAGAGUGGGGUGCAUUGAACCAUAGGGAGUGAUCGAGUCACUUAGCAGGGCAAAGCUCCCAUCACAAAAGAGGUUAAUGCGUUGUACUGUUAACCUGUUAAACGUUCAUAAAAGCAACUACCCUGAUCAUUUACCUCCCUUUUAAACCAUGUUCGGUCUACUACUACAGCACACAGAGCUAAUGCAAUAAUUUAAGUAAAUCUGAGCUAAUAUGUAUUGCCAUCACUUCAGAUCUUUUCCUCUAUGGAAGAGACUGUGUAUUUGAUUUUUAACAGUAGUGUUUCAAUAGCAUUUUUUUUUUUAUCAAUAAAACUGGCCCUUGCACUCUUUUCCACGUCCUGUUGAUGGAACGCAGCUGACACACUGAAGUUGCUUCUGGGAGUUUGAGUCCUUGCAGGCAAAACGAUUCAUGACGUCUUAGUAUUUUUGCAAUUUUUU